AUGUCCCCUGCCCACAAGCUUUGCAUGAUCCCUGGUCCCAUUGAGUUCCACGAGGAUGUUCUCCAGGCCAUGGCCACCCCCGCGACCUCCCACGUCGCCCCCAACUUCAUCCCCGCCUUCGGCGAGUCGAUCGAGCUCUUGCGCAAGGUUCUCUUCACCACUGGCCAGCCCUUCAUCAUUGCCGGAUCUGGCACCUUGGGCUGGGAUAUGACCGCCUGCAACUUGGUCGAGGCCGGCGAGGAUGUCCUCGUCUGCAACUCUGGUUACUUUGGUGACCGCUUCGGCGAGUGCUUGGAGACCUACGGUGCCAAGGUCACUCACCUCCGCGUCCCCAUCGGCGAGUCCCCCAAGUUGGCUGCCGUCGCCGCUGCCUUGAAGGCCAAGAAGUUCAAGGCCAUCACCAUCACCCACGUUGACACCUCGACCGGUGUCCUCUCCGACAUUAAGGGCAUUGCCGAGGUUGUCCGUACCGAGUCCCCCGAGACCCUCGUCAUUGUCGACGGUGUCUGCUCUGUCGGCUCUGAGGAGAUCCGUAUGGAUGCCUGGGGCAUCGAUGUUGUCGUCACCGCCUCCCAGAAGGCCCUUGGUGCCCCUCCCGGUCUCUGUAUCAUGGGUGUCUCUGAGCGCGCCAUUGGCGUCUUCAAGGCCCGCAAGACCCCCGUCGCCAACUACUACGCCAACUGGAACCGCUGGUUGCCCAUCAUGAACGCCUACGAGUCCCGCAAGCCCUCGUACUUUGCCACCCCCGCCGUCCAGAACGUCUUUGCCCUCCACGUCUCUCUCAAGCAGAUCGUUGAGCAGGGUGUUGAGCAGCGCUUCGUCGCCCACAAGGAGGCCUCGGCCAAAGCUAAGAAGUUCAUCCACGACUUGGGUUUGACUCUUGUCCCCACCAAGGUCGAGCACGCCGCCAAUGGCAUGUCGGCCGUCUACUACCCCGAGGGUGUCGCUGCCACCGACUUGUUGCCCAAGCUGGCUGCCCACGGCAUUGUUGCCGCCGGUGGUCUCCACGUCGAGAUUGCCCCCAAGUACUUCCGUAUUGGACACAUGGGUAUCUCAGUCACCGAGCCCGAGCGUGGUCACCUCGAUGCCACCUUGAACGCCCUCAAGGCCUCCUUGGCCGAGUGCGGCUACAAGGGUGCUCUGUAA